AUGGCGUCGCAACAAACGACGCUGCUAGCUCUCAUUUUCACGUUGACUUUAAUUUGCACCAGUGCCGCACCAAGACAAGUUAAUACGGAAAAGAUUGUUAUCAAUACAACAGCAGUGAGUGAGAACUCCGAGCGGACGUAUAAUGUUCAAAUAAAUUUGAAUAUAACUCUGCUUGACAACCAGACCGUUGUCAACGGUUUUCCUCUGAAGCUGUCAGAAGUGUCAAGGCUGACUCUGGAUGCUUUGCUGUUGAAUGAUCCGAGCAUUAAUGUCAGUGCUGGCUAUGGGGUGUAUGUGAGCAGUACAGUGCGUGUGAUGGUGGAGCAGUCGGAGCUGCAGAGCGAUGCUGGUGAAGACGUGCUCCUCCUGGCUCUGACCGAGGAGAUCAUCGAGUUGGAGAACGAGAGGGUCCAACAACCAGAAGUGUGUGAAGUGAAAAUUCUGGUGAAUCAAAACCUGGAGGAACACCCUCAGAUCACUAAUGUCUACCCCAUGUCAGAGAGCAAGCUGUCACUCAUUCCUCGGGACAGUGACAUCAGAAUGACAGACGUGUCCAUCAUCGAAUACGUGGAAGAACAAGAUUUCCUAGAUACAACAAGCCACUACCCUGUGAAACAUCCUGAAACUACUCAAGAGGAGGUCGCUGCACCUGGCAAACUCCCAGAAACACCGCUACGCAUGGAACCAGACCUGCUUUACGACUCUGUAGAGGACCAGGAUGGCUCUCCAGACUACCUGCUCCCAGAAGUACCCCUCAGAAAGUCUGAGUCCUCAUACAAUGCCAUGUGUGAGUGGAUGGAGCGGCUGAGGGAUCGCAUGCGGCGGUUUUGUACAGAGUCCCUGCCCUUGUUUUUCCUCAUAAUGUGGGUGGUUGUGGUGGGCGUGGUUGGAUCGGCUGUCAUCAUCAAGAUCCUGGAUGUUCUCUUCCCCUCGUGUGAACACAAGGGAUUCUUCCAUUUGAAUCCUGCCACUCUGAUGCCAGAGGACGAGGAGAAGCUGAACCUGGUGGAGAACAUGGAGACGGGAACUCAGAACGAGAAAAGAAGCCUUACUGGAGACUGAGGGGUAUGGGGACCAAUGGGGUUCAGGAGUUUUGGGGCGGGGGUGGGUAUUCCUUCUCCAGGGGGGUCACAAACCUGCACAGAUUUAGUCCAUUUCCAAAUACAAUGCUUCUGAGCCUUGAUUCUCAGAAGACCUCAGUGAGCUAAAUCAAGACAUUUUCGGUGUAGGACUUAAGACAAAACCCUGCAUACGCUGUGGUCCCUCAGGAGGAGGUCUUCCCACCCUUGGUUUUGAGCAUGAGGCAUUUAGUCAAUGGAGAGAGGAAACCAAUGGCUUCUUCAUUGUAGCACUUUAAAAAAAAACAAGGAAAAAAUAAGAAAAAAAAAGAAAAAAAGGACACAGUUCAAUUUCAUAUUCAGUUAUAGUUACUCUGUCUAAGAGAAGAAAAUUGACAUUUCAUUCACAGAUAAGAAGAGCUGAAGAAAAUGUUUUCAAGAGUUGUUUGUUGUUUUGUUUAUAUUCUGUGGUUGCUUCUGAAUCGUGCCUAUGUUGUCGAGUGGUUCUUGAACUUUCAGAGAGAGGUGUUUUCUGCUUUCAGAUGGAGUUUUAGUAUUAAUGAACUCCUCCUUCCUGUUACCUGUUAUGACAUUAUGAUAGUCUGUGUUAUGUUUUUGGCUGCUCUGUUUUACACGUGGAAGCUUCAAGAGAUAAGCCACCGGCAGGAGCAUGCUGAAAUGGGACUUAAUGCAAUGUGGGGAAAAAAAGUAUUUGACUGGCACUAAUUGAAUCCUGGAUUAUGAUUACAGCUUGGCGCCCAGUACGUCAAGCAAACUGAACUAGUGUUUUGAUGUAAACAGUCAGGUUUCCAGAGGAAAAAGUACAAUAAUUCCUACUUAUUUCAAAAUGAAUGAUUGAAAACUGGCCUCUGGUGUGAGAUUAUGGAUCGUGACAAGUCACAUAUACCGUAAACAGUAAACAGUAAAAUAAAGGCUUUUUGACGGCAAGUAAAACUCAGCAUUUGACUUUUUGAAAAUGUAUGGCCCUUAUGGAAAAAAAAAAAAAAGGCUGAGGUUUUGGCCAUUUCAAAAACGACGUGCUCAUUUCAGAGAAUCUUCAUAUUAUAUGCCAUCCGUGUGUUUGUUUGCCUAUCGGUUCGUUUGUUCGUUCUCAUCAUUAGUUUCACAAAUUCUGUUUGGAAAUGUAGCUGUACAACAGACAUUGGAAGUCACAGCCAACCACAGUAAGCAGCACUGGAACAGAACGAUGUUUAAAAAAUCUCAUAACACUAUUUAACAAAAAGCGUCAGAUGUUCCUGGUUGGUGCUUCUGUGGUGCCUUGAAUCAGUCUCAGAGCAUGAAAACUGUGAUGCUGUUAAAAAUCUGAACACCAUUUCAUUUGUGUAUUGUGUCCAAUAAAUCAUUGAUUACUGCAUUGUCUCAUGCUUUUACAUCAGAUCUGUAAAUAUAACACUUUGCACAUUGUUUUUCUGAAAUGAUUCAAGUCAGGACAUUACUGGACUCGAUUUCCUCAAAUUUAAUUCUAAAAACUUUAUUGAAUGCACAGUCCUUAGUAGUGAAUAUAAUAUGAUUGUAAAUAAACUCACAUAACAAUAAAAUGUCCACAUACUACAAAAGCAAAAA